GCGCCGGAGAAGAGAGAGAAAGAGAGAGAGGCAUCCCGAUCCCCUUUCCCCUUCGUCGUCACCCACACCUCCGGCGGACACCGGGCGCUCCCGCGGUAGACGUCGCACUUCCCGGCAAGCAGGCGCAACCAGGGCGGAGGCGGUGGACGGCUGGGGCUCGUCGGGUUCGAUUUUUCGCCGUCGGCAGCGGGAGCGAGCGAGAUCUCAGGUGAGUACCAGGCCGCUUCGCCCUCCUGGUGGCCGGCGAGAUGGCCUCAGCAGCGUACCUCGAGACGGACGAGAACCUGGAGGCCCUCAUCAGCCGCAUCGAGCAGAAGUCCCGCAAGAUCGAGACCCUCCUCAAGCAGUCCAAGCCGGUGGAGGCCCUCAAGACGGCGCUCGAGGGGUCGCCCCUCAAGACCCGCGACGAGCGAUGCAAGUCGGCGAACUGGAUCGUGGUGCACCGCGCCAUGAUGGCGAUCAGGGACAUCGGCGGCAUGUUCAACUCACUGGACACCGAGUACUACGACAUCCUCAUGAAGUACCUGUACAGAGGUUUGUCCACUGGCGACCGGCCGACGUGCGACCAGUGCCUCAAAAUCCAUGAGAAGCUGACGGAGAGAGCUGGCUUAGGAUGCAUACUGCGGUCACUCGCCGACACUGUAAACACCGUGUGAACCUCCUUCGUCUUCAUUAAGUUCCUAUGCUGUGAAGAUCCCGUCAGGUCGAAUUAGUUCUAUGGACUUUAUAAAUGCAGAAGGUGAUUGUUGACCUCUUCUCUUUGCUGUUUGGCAGCUUCAUGGAUACUCUCUCUGUAAACUAAUAUAAAAGCGUUUAGAUCAUUAAAAUACGAAGGGAGUAGAUAAGAGCAUUGUUGUAUUGUGCCAUGCUUAGUGCUAGUUUGCUUAAUUGCAUCUUGAUUACAAGAUA